CAGUAGUGUUUUUGUGCGGGCGAAAAAUGUCGCGCAGUGGUGAAAGACCGAGCCAAGCUCAGACUUAUAAAUUAGUGGUGGUAGGCGGAGGCGGAGUCGGGAAAAGUGCCAUCACAAUACAGUUUAUUCAGAGCUACUUCGUGACGGACUACGACCCUACGAUAGAGGACAGUUAUACCAAGCAAUGUGUCAUCGACGAUAUACCAGCUAAACUCGAUAUUCUCGACACAGCUGGUCAAGAGGAGUUCAGCGCCAUGCGUGAACAGUACAUGAGAUCCGGCGAGGGCUUCCUGCUGGUGUUCUCUGUAGCCGACCACUCCAGUUUCGACGAACUCUACAAGUUCCAUAAACAAAUCCUGCGCGUCAAAGACCGAGACGAGUUCCCCAUGCUCAUGGUCGGCAACAAGGCGGACCUGGAACACCAGCGAGUGGUAUCGCUGGAGGAGGCGCAGGCCCUAUCGCGGCAGUUGAAGGUGCCGUACAUAGAAUGCAGCGCCAAGGCACGCAUGAACGUCGACCAGGCGUUCCACGAGCUCGUGCGUCUCGUACGCCGUUUCCAGGAGGCUGAGCGCAUCAACGUAAAGGCGGACUACCGCUCCGGCCGCAAGAGGCGCUGCGCCCUUCUGUAAAUUCGCAGUCAAGCUGUAUCCACCAACUUUUCAGUACCGUUCACACUUCUUGGUAUCUUCGUUCCCAACUUUGCCACACCAGAACACUAGAGUCCUACGACGCGCAACUAACGACUAUAUGUUUCAACUAACACCUCAAUUGCCGACGCUUAGUUGUUUCUGGUGUGACAGUUUGUUUAUGUUGUCGUGGUUGUAACGGACGCAAGAUGCAAACUAAACGAUUCUAAUCAAUAAGGUAUACCUAAUCGUAUUUAUGAAUAAUGAUCAAAGCUCCUGUCUUGCGUCUUGAUUUUAUUUUUUUAUAUUCAAGCCUUAUAUAAUAAGGCUUUUGUUUUUUAAGGUUGUUUUUUUUAUAGUCUAUUUAUUACUUAUACUUUUUUCUUUGAGUGCAUCUAAGGUAAGUUACAAUUUGAUAUUAGAAGUUUUUGGUACGAGGUUUGUAUCUGUGCCAUACUUCCUUACUGCAUUGUAUGCUAUACACACGAAAUAAUGCUUUAAGAUAAGCUUUAACUUAUCAGUGACUUUUCUAUCAACUUUUUCAAAAUUGUAACGCUUAUUUGGUCCGAAGAAGGACUUUUAGAGGGGGGUAUUGUAUAAGGAAAGAUUUCAGGCUUCCGUUACACGUUACGAAUGAAAUUUUAAGUGUGAGGGAUAAUAAGUGGGUCCAUGAUUGCAGACUGUCAUCGCUUUACGCGGGAAGAUGAAAAGACUUGUUACGGGAUAGCAACAUUUUCAUUCAUUUUUUUGUCACACUGUUUUGGACUUUUAAAUAACACGCAAGUAUAUUUCUUGAUAAAAUCAUUUGAAUAGCGCAAAAAAAGGCUCAAAGAUCUUUGCUUCGAAGAGAUACCUCGUCAACUGCACAGAAGUGAUUCAAAUAUCAUUAAAAAACUUUGUUACGUUAAUAUAAUAAUGCUAACUGUAAUUGUGAAUUUAACGUAGACUAACAAAGAUUAAAAUGCUACAUUAUUGUUGCGCCUUCGCCAGAGAAUUAAAUUUGAUCUAGGCGAAGCCGAGAAACAAGCGCAACACUAUGUUCUGCAGCUCUCUUGUCUCAUGUAGCAUAGCGAAAAUCACACCAGUAGGGCUUCACGGUAGGGCGCAACUUGCGCAAGAACUGCUGUAUCUCGCGCUUUAUAUCGCUCUCGUGCAACACGCGCCCUAGUGUGUUGUCUUCCUCAAAACCUGUUCAAACUUAAGCGUAUAAUUUUAUCACCCGUGUCAUCUAUAACUUCACGGUACUAUAAUUGCCGAACCACGGACAGGCAAUAUUGUAAACAGCCAAUGUCCAUAGAACCGUAGAAUCGACCAUACCGUGUUUGGGAAAAGUGCGAUUCCUCCGUUACAUUUCUUUGCCACAUUAUGUCAGAGACGGUGUGGGCUUGACACGAUUCAAUUUAACUAGUGUUUAGAUGACUCUAAAUUAUUGGUACAGUCGUUCUGAACGAUGAUCAAAAAUAAUGUCCUUAGGUUUAAGAUUGAAAUAGGUAUAUACUAAGUAAAAAGAACUUAAUUUGUUUUUUUUUAAAUAAUAAAUGUUGAAGAUUUUUUUCAUAUCUCUUAUUAUUCUUACGCUUAUUUGGGCAACGAAAUUAUUAAAAACUCGAGAAAUGUAUUUUUUUUUUUCAGAGUGCUUUAUAUAAUGUUAAAAGCCCCCAACGUCUCUACGUCCACAAAAAUGAUCGAUACCAGCAAAUAAAUUUUUGCAUCUUUAAUCUUUGUACAUAAAAAAAAUCUGUAUUAAUUAAAAAAAAUAUUGUUUUGUGCGUAGCCUCGUACACUCUGUACUAUUAUAUACCAAAAAUAAUUAUGUUGUUUCCUUGUAAAUAUGGAACAUAAGAUUGUAUAUAAAACCAAAUUUCGUGUUCCCUACUACGGGAGCCACAGUGACAUUUGAAUGACUGGUUGUGCAUUAUUCUUCUUCAUCCUUACACUGAACGCAAGCAAGAGAGUGUCCAGCCCAGAAAUUGGUAAUCAAUAAAUUCAUGUUUACAUAUUAAGACCGUUACGAUUUAAUGACGUUAUCUUCGCCUAAAUUCUCUUGCUCCGAUGAAUAAUUAAUUACACUACACAUAAUAAGCAUUAUAGAAUUGUAUAAACUACCCUAUGGUACGAAAUACGCCCGAUGAUGUGUCCACUUCGAUUGAUUUUAACUUCAUAUACUUACACAUGUUUAGUUAAUAAAAUGUCACAUGAUAAUUAGUAUUAUUAUUUUGUGUUCGACACUUCUAUUCUAUUAAUGUUAAUAUACCAUGUAAUUAUUGUACGAGUUGGAGGUAUAUCAGCGCUGCGGCACUGCCAACUAAAUAAUUUUAUUAUUAAUUCAAUUUAUUUAAUCAUCUACAAAUUUAAUCGAUUAAAACAUUUUUAAAUUUUCGCCCUUUUUUAUUCCGCUUUUUACCAUUUAAGGAAAUGUUAUCUUCUGUUUUAAAAUUGACAAUCGCUAUCGGUUUUUAUUGUGUAAAUUAUUAAUUUUUUUUUUGUUUUCUUUUCUACUUUCACGGUCCUCGUAUAUAACUUAACUAAUGGUCUGUGCUAAUUUUAUUUCAUAAAUUACGUAUUCCACAAACGUGAGACCGGGAGGAUCUACAGCACAUUAUACUGACCUCAGAAUCCUCGCCACACAUCUGUGACCAUAGAUAUAGUUUUGUCUAUUUUUAAAUUUGAAAUUCGGUAAUUUGAUAUGGGUAUCUGUGUUCGUCAUGUUAUAUUC